AAUAAGUGAUCCAGUGUUCUCCACUCCACAGAUGCUGUGUCAGAUUGAAGACGCUUGGCGAAAUAUCCAAUUCAUGAAGGAUAAAUCACUGUAAACCUAUUUAAUUGAACUGGAGAAGGGUGAAUUUAUUUUCGUAGAUGGCAACAACACCAUCUCAAUGAUGAACUGCCGCGUAAAUGGUUGCACCAUUGAACUUUCUUUUUUUUUACGCAAACGACAUUACAGAUAGCCGGCAUUUAGCGCAAUAGUGUGUUUUUAUUGGAUCUAGGUUCAAAUUGUCUCUUUUUGCCUGAAUACCGAAUCAUAAGGUGAUUUGAAAACAGCCAACUGCAGAUACGGAUAGGCCCCACCGCCACUUCGUAAUAUAAACCGUUUGUUGAUGAACACGAAUCCAUUCUCAUCCAGGACCACCUCCUGUGCAUUAAUGCACCCGUUUCAGUGGUGUAACGGGUGCUUCUGUGGUCUGGGCCUGGUCUACUCCGACAAGUCGUGCACCAUGCCUCCCAUAACCUUCCAGGACCUGCCCCUCAACAUCUACAUGGUCAUCUUUGGAACAGGCAUCUUUGUCUUCAUCCUCAGCCUCAUCUUCUGCUGCUACUUCAUCAGUAAACUACAACACCAAGCCCAGGGUGAGAGGUUUGGCUACAGAGAGGUUGUUUUAAAAGGAGAUCCUAAGAAGUUGAAUCUCCAUGGGCAGACGUGUGCUGUCUGCCUGGAAGACUUCAAAGUCAAAGACGAGCUGGGUGUGUUGCCAUGCCAACAUGCCUUUCACAGGAAGUGUCUGGUGAAAUGGCUGGAGGUGCGCUGUGUGUGCCCCAUGUGUAACAAACUUAUCGCAGGACCCCCAGAACAGCGCCACAGCAUAGGAACACUACUGGACGAACUGGUGUAACCAUAGCAUCCAGCACGGAGGGGGCUCUGCAAGCCGAUGUAACCUAGCUCUAACAGGAAGAGAACACUGUUAUCUGGUGUAACCUAGCAACCAACAGAAAGUGGACGCUGUUAUCUGGUGUAUCCUAGAAACCAUCCACAGAUUACUGUGAAAUGGUGUAACCUAGCUACCACCUGGAGAGGACUAUAAGAACUGCUGUUACCUAGCAACCAACACAGAGCUGCAGACAGGAGUCUACACCACACUCUGUCUAAUCUUGUUCCCAGACACUUCCGCCUUAAUGCACGAAGAGUCUGGUGGACCAAAGCGUCAAACUUGGCUUUUGUUAGCAAAUAGAAAGGCCAGGAGAAACUCCUAGCGCAUAGGCAUUGGCUUAAUCUACCAACCAAUCAUCUCCCACAGCACCUUCCACCUAACCCUCUCUCCAUACGUGUCUUGCCUCCAUUCGGAGUCACGCCUCGCAGUCGUGUGAUUCGCUCAAAUUAAAUGAUGACUAAUACUUUACUCAGUAUGGUCACUCCUAUAGAAUUCUAUGGUCACUCCCACUAAGGCCAACUUUGAAUCAUUGGUAUCCCAGGCGUAUUUGUGCUGUGUUUGGAUCACUUGUUAUAGUUCUUGUUCAUAACAUAUGUAUACCAUGUUUGUUUUCUAUUGUUGUACAUGGCUCAAGGGAAUGUGAAUAAUGUGCAUGACCCUCUCACAAUUUCUUUUUUGGUUUAAUGACAGAAACGUGUUAUUUUUUCAGAAUGUAGACGUUGAUGUUUUGCACUCUAACACUCUGACAAGUUUUUUGGAAACCUAUUACCAUUCUACAGUACAGCAAAUGUAGUUAAAGACUAUUCUCAACAAUAUAUUUGUGGAGCGCAGGUGGUUUGGUGAACCAUGCGCACAUGUUUUAGAACCACCUGAAGACUUGUUUUAGCUCCCAGCAUUAACACCUAGGCUUUAGCUCAGUAGUCUAUUGUGGACCUGAGAUAUGCAGACAGCCUGGUUUUGACACCUAGCCAAUCACAUUGAUGGAUUGAGACAUCUAAGAAAUCAAAGGCACUACACCUGCUGUUUUCUUUCGUAUUACUGCUGUAGUAAAGCUGUAACGUGACUUUCAUAAAGCAAAGGGUUCUUCACAUUUCAAUCAAGUUACAGUAGAGUUUAGAGAGUUUCACUGUUUUUGUGUGAUUCUAUCUCAAGAACAACUCAGCCACAUGGAAUACAUUGUAUACUUUUUGAAUAAUAUGUUUUUACAUUUCUUGACGGUGGCGUUCAAUGGCUCCUUUUCACACAUUUCUGUGGAGUAAUCUGUAUUUUAAAACGGUUUUACCAGUUGAACACAGACCAAGUAAGCACUGCCUAUAUUGAGCACAAAAGCACAUGAACACUCCCCUAUAGUCUCUGCAUUAAGAAUGGACUGAAUGAAUCAUCGCUUUGUUUGAUUGCACUUAUGUAAUGUGUGACUGUGCCAAUGAAGUACAGCACAGUAUUCACCGUGGGAUGAAGACAAUUAUAAACCCGGGUAGAGUUUAUAGAGUUUGAUUCCUGGAUGCUGAUUGGCUGAAACAGUAUUUCAGCCAUGUGUAUAUCAGACAAUAUGCCACGGGUAUGACGCAAAAAUACUUGUUUACUCUUCUAAUUCUGUUGGUAACCAGUUAUUAAUAGCAGUUACUGCCCAAGUCUGUUUGGGAUAUUACAACAAGGAACACUUUUUUUCCCCUCUCAGACAUUGCACGCACGUUAGAAGAGCAGAAUAUGUGCUGCAAAAAAAAUGUUGCACUCUGUUCGAAUCUCUCACCUCCGUUUCAUCCACAAAACAAAAACAAUAACAAAGGUGCCGGGGCGAACAGUGGCGCUGUUUCCCUGAUGCGGAUUCCAUCUUUAAAUAUAGCACCCCCUACAGCACCUACAGAGAUUUGCUUUUUCCCACACCAGCCACAUUCCACGUUUUUGGUGUGCGUCAAUAAAUAUGACUUUAAUAAAUGGAGGGGUUUCCCCUUCAUCUCAGUUUGUUACUUUA